GGGCGGGCGGGAGCACGGCUGCGAGGCGGGCAGCAGAGCGAAGCCGGCGCCAUGCCAGCGGUCCCAGGGUCCACCUGGAGGGCAGCGCAGGGGACCCCAGUUUCGGAGCUGGGAGGGAGCCUCAACGCCCACCCCAUCUGGCCUUGGCCGGGGGACUCCCGCGGCCCCACCAUCCGGCGAGGCCACGCGCUGGACCAGGUGGGAUAAUGAGGCCGUCCAGGCUCAGGAAUGGCCGAGGCGAGGCCAUCGAAGGGACCCACACGGGGCGGCAGGCUUUCCCCGCGGGGUCCGUUUCCUCACUCGAGAGGCGGCCGCUCUCCUGGUUCUUGAGGGGCUGCAAGCUCAGCGCCCUCCAGCUCAUGGCUCCCCGGCUGGUGGUGAAAGAGGAGGCUCUCCAAAUUUCCGCCACUCGGGGCCCUGCACUCCGCAGCCUCCGUCCCUUCGCUCCCCGACCCCUGGCACCCUGCCCGCCUUCGCUCUCCCUCCCCCGCCUCUGGGCCCGGCUGAAGCUCGCUUGGCGCGGGGAUCUCCCGCUAGGAAGCUGCGCACCUCGGCUAAAGCUGGGUCCCUGCCACUCUGCGGCACCUGGGACCCGCUUAAUCUUUUCUAGCUGCCUGUGGCUCAGGGGUGUUCUUGGGGCACAGAGUGCGGGUUCGGGAGAAAGCCGCGGGAGGGGUCGCUGAGUGCUGCGCAACUGAAAUGCCCAGGCCGCAGGUGCGCCCGCGUGUCUCGCACGCGGGGGCCACCGAGGGAGUGGGAAGUUGGGGGUGGACCAGAGUGGAAACCGACAGUGAAGGGGGAAAGGGACUGGCCAUGGCUUGGGAAUGGGCAGCGGGGCGAGAACUAGGAGUCUCCAAAGGGAAUGUCACGCGUGGUGGCGGCAGGAUCGGGGAAUGUGCUCGAAGGGUAGAGCCGUGCGUCGGGGCAGCGCUUGGCCUGCGGGGCGCUUAGCCAAACGGAGAGGCCAGAAAGCGGGGUAAGAGGACGGACUCCGGGGAGGCGGCAGGACUGCACGCGCGCCCGGAGCACGAGCCCGGCCAGCUGAGAAGGUGCCUUCUCUCCCGGCCUUCGGCGACACUGAUUCAGUGGCGCUCCUCGGAGACUCCCUGGCCUCGUGGUCAUUGCCGGAGGGCGUCCCUCCUCUCCUCGGCAGCGCAGAGCGAGUGCAGGAGGCGGAUCCUGGACUGUGAACUGACGCGCGGCGCACACCGGCCAUGAACCUGGAGGGCAGCGGCCGAGGCGGAGAGUUCGGCAUGAGCUCCGUGAGCUGCGGCAACGGGAAGCUCCGCCAGUGGCUCAUCGACCAGAUCGACAGCGGCAAGUACCCGGGGCUGGUGUGGGAGAACGAGGAGAAAAGCAUCUUCCGCAUCCCCUGGAAGCACGCGGGCAAGCAGGACUACAACCGCGAGGAGGACGCCGCCCUCUUCAAGGCUUGGGCGCUAUUUAAAGGAAAGUUCCGAGAAGGCAUCGACAAGCCAGACCCUCCCACCUGGAAGACACGCUUACGCUGUGCUCUGAACAAGAGCAACGACUUCGAGGAGCUGGUGGAGAGGAGCCAGCUGGACAUCUCGGACCCCUACAAAGUGUACAGGAUCGUCCCCGAGGGGGCCAAGAAAGGAGCCAAGCAGCUGACCCUGGAGGACCCACAGAUGCCCAUGAGCCACCCCUACGGCAUGCCAGCCCCUUACACCUCACUCCCAGCUCAGCAGGUUCACAACUAUAUGAUUCCGCCCCACGACCGAGGAUGGAGGGAGUUCGUCCCUGAUCAGCCACACCCGGAGAUCCCAUACCAGUGUCCUGUGACCUUUGGACCCCGCAGCCACCACUGGCAAGGCCCGGCCUGUGAAAAUGGUUGCCAGGUGACAGGAACCUUUUAUGCUUGUGCCCCGCCUGAGUCCCAGGCCCCCGGAAUCCCCAUAGAGCCAAGCAUAAGGUCUGCCGAAGCCUUGGCCCUCUCAGACUGCCGGCUCCACAUCUGCCUGUACUACCGGGAAAUCCUGGUGAAAGAGCUGACCACGUCCAGCCCCGAAGGCUGCCGGAUCUCCCAUGGCCACACCUACGAUGCCAGCAGCCUGGACCAGGUCGUUUUUCCCUACCCAGAGGACAGCGGCCAGAGGAAGAACAUUGAGAAGCUGCUGAGCCAUCUGGAAAGGGGCGUGGUCCUCUGGAUGGCCCCCGAUGGGCUUUAUGCCAAGAGACUUUGCCAGAGCAGGAUCUACUGGGACGGGCCCCUGGCGCUGUGCAGUGACCGGCCCAACAAGCUGGAGAGAGAGCAGACCUGCAAGCUGUUUGACACACAGCAGUUCUUAUCAGAGCUCCAGGCAUUUGCUCACCACGGCCGGCCCCUGCCAAGGUUCCAGGUGACUCUGUGCUUCGGGGAAGAGUUUCCGGACCCCCAGAGGCAACGGAAGCUCAUCACUGCUCACGUCGAACCUCUCCUAGCCAGGCAGCUGUACUAUUUUGCUCAGCAGAACAGUGGACACUUCCUGAGGGGCUACGAUCUGCCCGAGCACGUGGGCAGCCCGGAGGACUUCCACAGGUCCAUGCGCCACUCCUCCAUUCAAGAGUGAACCUCCAGGCCGAGAGGCCGUCGCCUUGUAAAUGCCCGACUCUGAGAACAGCGGGUUGAGCCCCCACUUUUUCUUUCGAGGGACGUGGAGACUGGGGCUUCGCUUCCACACUUGCGGACAAUGUGUGUGGACACUCUUCUCCCCCGAAUUGACAGACACGCUUUUUCCAAAAGCAAAGAUGGCAUUCGAGGUCUUCUGCCAACACCACACCAAUGAUAAUGUGAAAAGCUCACCCAAGUGUCUUUAUGUUUACCGAAGUGCUGUCUCCAAUCGGACACGGACUCUCCUCCUGGAGCCCAGAGAGAGCCUGCACCCGUCACCCCGACGACAGCAUGAGAGCUCCAGGUGCUGUGUUUCUCAGGGAAGUCAAGGUCUGAGGCUGUUCUGCCCCCAGAAGAGACAUGCUGAUACCUCUUCGCUGUGUUCUGCAAAGCCUGCCCAGAGCAGGGCACAUGCUCUGCUGCGGGUGGGCCAUGCCUCGGAGCCCAGAAGCCGGAUGGAGAGACUCUGUUGCUUUCUUGAGCCAAAAAGCAGUAGGGCCCCCUGAGUAGUGCGUUUUGUCCUGUGCUGACUGGUUAAGACAUUUCUUGUUUGUCUUUUUGUAUCUCUUCCUAUAGACAUUGUUGCUGAAACUUUUUUCUUAAAGACAAAGAAAACCACCCAGACCAACAAGCCAAGGUUUGGAACUUGGUGGAGGUUCCCUCCUGCCCUGCUUGUUUUGUUUGGAGGCCGGUUCUCCAUGACAACCCCAAGAGGAGGAGCCAGAGCUUGUCAAAGUGGUGACCUCUGUAGGAAAGAUAGGACAGGGCCUCAGGGAUUGUGUAACUGCAGACUCAGUGGGCUGUUUCUGCUUAUUUUGUAUAUUAUAUGCUUCCUCAUGCCAGUAACAGUUUGACAGGGCCUUAAAAUUCCUGGGCUUUUUCCAAAUCCAUCUUUUUAUAGAACCACUGAGAUCUCCACUUGCUUAAGUAAACUUGCACUUAUGUUCCUUUUGGAAACAUACAGGUGUCUAGGCUGUGAUGGAGCUGCUGAUACUUUUGUCCCGCUAGGAAGUAACUGCCAUUACUUUUAAGCUCAGCAAUAGACUUGUUCUCAAAUAUUCUAUUCUAAUAUUUUUAAAUUCAUUUAACAAACUGUAUCCCUUGCAUUAGAGAGAUUACAGCUUUUAUGCAGUUUAGUCAGCAACGAAGUCUUGGAAUGUCAUUUCUUUCUUGUUUGGGGGAGGUUUUUAGCAAUAAAAAAACACAUAUUGACCCCACAGAAUGUCAACAGUAGAAAAGGGCAACAAAUAAAGCGAGUCUUCCCUUUUUCCAGCCCAAAUCCUUGUCCCUAGAAGUGUCCCCAGGAGGAGCUUAGUUCUUCCAACAUGUUUCACUUUUCUAUAAAUAUACACAGCCCUGAAAACCUCACGGGUUCGUUGCGCACUUUUACGCAGUGUUCACUCCGCCCGUGCGGCUCUGCUGCCUUCUUCUCAGCGGCAUCACUAGAAUCUGCGGGCAAGGGCAUCCACACAGUUUCCGGUGGUUCAUCACCCCUCGGAGCAAGUACGUCUGGACGGUUGCCUGUGCUCCAUGGGCUGCAGCGUUGUAUGCAUCUAAUAGAUGCGAGGAUUUGGGGUACAUUAUCCUAAGGGGGCUGCUGGGGCCCUGUGGGCGUGGACCACCGGCGCCUGGAGCAGCGGGGCUGUCCCGGCUGUUCCGUCCUCCCGGAGGACUUCAGCGACGCUGAGGACGCUUCCCUUUUCUCCCUUUUCAACGUUAAGAGUUAAAAGUUAGGAGUUAAGCUGCUGUAACUCUGGAGUCUCAUUUUCCGGAAAUGCGCUUCCCAGGGGCCGCUCCCCUUCCCCCUCUGCCCUCAUGUGCUCACGUUGGCUCUUCUUGGUUCUGAGGAUCCAGAGUGUGAGGCAGCAAAUGAACUGGUGAGGAGACUGUGGGUAGAGGAUCCUGACAGGCGUCUCAGGACCGUGAAAGGGAGCCUCCUUCCUAGACUGGGCGGUGGGCUCAGCAAACCGGAAUGUAGUUUGUUCUCGGUGGAAGAUGAUGUGAAUAUAGGCCCCUGUUAAUUCUUUUUUUUUUUUUUUUUUUUGCCUUUUAGGGCCACACCUGCAGUAUAUGGAGGUUUGCAGUGUAGGGGUCAGAUCAGCGCUACAGCUGCCAACCUGCACCACAGCUCACGGCAACGCCGGAUCCCCGACCCACUGAGCGAAGCCAGGGGUCGAACCCACAUCCUCAUGGUUCCUAGUAGGAUUCUGCUGCACCAUGAAGGGAGCUCCAAGGCCGCUUGUUAUUCUAAAGAGCUUUUAGGUCGCGGGGGGAAAGAUUCGUAGGUCGUGGGGACGUUCAUGGCUCAUUUCUUGCUCUUGGGAUUAGUAAAGCUGCGGGCUGUAAUUGGUGUCUUCUGGAACACUACAGAGAGCACGCUUAAACCAAAGCUUCAGAAAACCCUCAGUCACGGGCAAGGGCACAGAGCACCCAGGGGGACGGUGGUGUCUGAGCUGAAGGCACUGCUCCGCUGGGGGAGAAUCCACAGUCCGCCAGCACAGGGAGCCCGCGGCAGUGUGUGCACCCCCGGAGCACAGCCAUUAUUUUCACAACUUUUAGAAAAGCAUUUACGUGGAGGAGAAGAGACAGGCCAACCUCGUUCAGUACAAACUCACACUUUGCUGCGGACUCUGGAGGGGAGGGGCCGACAGGUAGCCGUGCGCCCUCCGGCCUCCACUCUCCCGGGCGCUGCCUGGACCUCACUCUGACGCUGUGCUGGUUCAUCUCCUAUUCUGCCUCCUGGGCAAGGAUGUCUCGAGAGCUAGGCUAAGUGUCCGUUGGACAUUUGUACAUAACUGUAUCAUGAAUUUUGGAUUAAAUUGCUUUUCAAAGCA